AUGUUACCGAAGCAAUCAGAUAAUGGAAUGGAAGGCGACGACGAGAGAGAAGAAGAAUCAGAAGAAGAAAAUUCGGAGGCUGAGGAAGAAGAGGAAGAUGAACCGAGGCUUAAAUACCAGAGAAUGGGUGGCAGUGUUCCCACGCUACUCCAAAGCGAUGCAGCUUCAUGUAUUGCCGUUGCUGAACGCAUGAUCGCGCUCGGUACCCAUAGCGGCUUGGUUCACAUUCUCGAUUUCAUUGGCAAUCAAGUUAAAGAAUUUUCUGCUCAUUCUGCUGCAGUCAAUGAUAUCUGCUUUGAUGUAGAAGGUGAAUACAUUGGAAGCUGUUCUGAUGAUGGUUCUGUUGUAAUAAAUAGUCUUUUCACCGAGGAUAAAAUGCAAUUUGAGUAUCACCGUCCUAUGAAGGCCAUUGCAUUAGACCCAGAUUAUGCAAGGAAAUCAUCCAGAAGAUUUGUGACUGGAGGUCUAGCUGGUCAUGUAUAUUUUAAUGUCAAGAAGUGGAUAGGCUAUCGAGAUCAGGUUCUGCACUCUGGUGAAGGUCCAAUUCACGUAGUGAAGUGGAGAAGUAGUCUCGUUGCUUGGGCUAAUGAUGCAGGUGUUAAAGUUUAUGAUGCAGCUAACGAUCAACGUAUAACAUUCAUUGAAAGACCUCGAGGAAGCCCCCGCCCUGAGCUUUUGCUCCCUCAUUUAGUUUGGCAGGACGAUACUCUGUUGGUCAUUGGGUGGGGAACAUCUGUUAAAAUUGCAUCAAUUGGAACCAAUCAGAAUACAGGCGCCAGUGGGACAUUGCCAAUGUCUAGCAUGAACAAGGUGGAUAUUGUGGCAUCUUUUCAAACCACCUAUUUCAUUUCAGGAAUUGCUCCCUUUGGUGAUUCUUUGGUUGUUCUAGCCUACAUCCCUGGAGAAGAAGAUGGAGAAGACUUCUGUAGCACUGUUCCAUCACGGCAGGGGAAUGCACAGAGACCAGAAGUGCGAGUAGUCACUUGGAAUAAUGACGAGCUUGCGACAGAUGCACUACCUGUACAUGGCUUUGAGCAUUACAAGGCUAAAGAUUAUUCACUUGCCCAUGCUCCUUUCUCAGGUAGCAGCUAUGCAGGAGGUCAGUGGGCUGCUGGUGACGAGCCAUUUUAUUACGUUGUGUCGCCAAAGGAUGUAGUUAUUGCUAAACCUAGGGAUGCAGAAGAUCACAUAUCUUGGCUCCUUCAACAUGGGUGGCAUGAGAAAGCCUUAGAAGCAGUUGAAGCAGGGCAGGGACGCAGUGAGCUUGUUGACGAGGUGGGUUCGAGAUAUCUUGACCAUCUAAUCGUGGAACGGAAAUAUGCUGAAGCUGCCUCAUUAUGUCCCAAAUUGUUACGAGGAUCAGCUUCUGCAUGGGAAAGGUGGGUUUUCCAUUUUGCUCAUCUUCGUCAGCUUCCUGUAUUAGUUCCAUACAUGCCAACAGAAAAUCCAAAAUUACGUGACACUGCUUAUGAGGUUGCUCUUGUCGCUUUGGCAACAAACCCAUCCUUCCAUACGGAUCUUCUGUCAACUAUUAAAUCUUGGCCGCCUGUAAUUUAUUCUGUUUUGCCCAUUAUCUCCGCGAUAGAACCUCAGCAUAAUACAUCGUCUAUGACUGAUGCACUCAAAGAGGCUCUGGCUGAGCUAUAUUUGAUUGACGGACAAUAUGAGAAAGCUUUUGCCCUAUAUGCUGAUCUUAUGAAGCCGGAUGUAUUUGACUUCAUUGAAAAACACAAUUUACAUGAUGCAAUUCGUGAAAAGGUUGCACAACUUAUGAUGAUAGACUGCAAACGUGCAAUUCCACUGUUGAUCCUGCAUAGAGACCUAAUUAGUCCACAGGAUGUUGUGUCACAACUUAUGGCUGCAAAGAAUAAGUUUGACGUCCGACACUUUUUGCAUCUGUAUCUGCAUUCACUGUUUGAGUCAAAUCCACAUGCCGGAAAGGAUUUUCAUGACAUGCAGGUUGAGCUCUAUGCUGAUUACGAUAAAAAAACGCUGCUUCCAUUUCUUCGUAGUAGUCAGCAUUAUACACUGGAAAAGGCAUAUGACAUUUGUGUCAAAAGAGAUUUAUUGAGAGAGCAAGUCUUUAUCCUUGGAAGGAUGGGAAACUCAAAGCAAGCCCUAGCAGUAAUUAUUAAUAAAUUGGGGGAUAUUGAAGAGGCCAUUGAGUUUGUAAGUAUGCAGCAUGAUGAUGACCUCUGGGAAGAGUUGAUUAAACAAUGCCUGAAUAAACCUGAGAUGGUCGGGGUAUUGUUGGAGCAUACUGUUGGCAAUCUUGAUCCCCUAUAUAUUGUAAAUAUGGUGCCAAAUGGCUUGGAGAUUCCUCGAUUGAGGGAUCGUCUAGUCAAAAUCAUCACCGACUAUAGGACAGAAACUUCUCUUAGACACGGGUGCAAUGACAUACUCAAGGCCGAUUGUGUUAAUUUGUUAAUCAAGUACUACAAAGAAGCAAGACGAGCUAUUUACUUGAGCAAUGAAGAAGACGGAGCACGCAGUAAAAGGGACAAAAACAGGGCUUCUCAGUUUGCAGAUAGAUAUUUGAGCGUGAGGAGCAUGGAGGUGAAGUCGAAAACACGUGGUGGCACUAGAUGCUGCGUCUGUUUUGAUCCAUUUUCUAUACAAAACGUGUCGAUUAUUGCUUUCUUUUGCUGUCAUGCUUACCACACGACGUGUCUUAUGGAUUCCACCAUUUCCAUUAGUCAGCAGCAAAAGAAGCCACCAACUCCAACCAAGCCCCCAGAUGAAUUAUCAUAUUACGAAUAUGACAAUGGAGGCGCUGAGAAUGAUGAGGACGAGGAUGCUUCCUUGGGUUCUCCUCAAAUGCGUUGUAUCUUGUGUACUACCGCUGCAGGAUGA